GAUCCUGGACUUUCUGGGGUUUUUUUUUCGGAAGGUGGCCGGACCGAUUCCCGGCGCUUUUUGUGGUCGGCGUAAGACUUCAAUGAAGACAUGAUGUCAGCCACACUUCCUCUGUCAAGGUUAUGAAGACAGUAUGGAGUUUCCAGACCACAGUAGACAUUUGCUCCAGUGUCUGAGUGAGCAAAGGCAUCAAGGUUUCCUUUGUGAUUGCACUGUCUUGGUUGGAGAUGCCCAGUUUCGAGCCCAUCGUGCUGUGCUUGCUUCGUGCAGCAUGUACUUCCACCUCUUUUACAAGGACCAGCUGGACAAAAGGGACAUUGUUCAUCUGAACAGCGACAUUGUUACAGCCCCAGCUUUCGCUCUCCUCCUUGAAUUCAUGUAUGAAGGGAAACUCCAGUUCAAAGAUUUGCCUAUUGAGGACGUACUUGCAGCUGCGAGUUACCUUCACAUGUAUGACAUAGUGAAAGUCUGCAAAAAAAAGCUGAAAGAAAAAUCAACUACAGAAGCGGACAGCACCAAGAAAGAAGAAGAUGCUUCAAGCUGUUCUGAUAAAGGGGAAAUUUCUUCAGUGAGCAGUGCACAUAUAGUGGGGGAACUGGCAAGCGAGGAAGAUGAAACUGAAGAGGAAAAAUCAAGUGCUGUGUUGAGCAAAAGGGACAUAGUUAUUGAAUCUGGGAACAUGUGGAUGAGAUUGCCCUCUGACUCAGCAGGCAUCACUCAGCCUGGCGUUGAGGUUGAGGCACAUGCAGUAACAGCUGGAAAAACAGUGUCCAGUCCCUGCAGCUCAACAGGCCCUUUGUCCCAAAGGUCUGCCAACUCCAUUAAGGAUUCAGCAGAUGUUGACUGUGUGCUGGAUUUGUCUGUCAAGUCUGGACUGUCAGGGGGAGAAAAUGUCAGCCACCCUUAUGUCUCUCCACAUGGGGACGGUUCCAGAAAUAACUUGGUGCAGGUUAAAGUAGAAAAAGAAGUGUUUUCCGAUGAGGAAGGCAGCAGCACUAAUGAUUUUGAUAUGGAACAAAGUAGCACGGUGAAAGACAGUGCAGGCACUAUGAAUAGGCUUUGUUACGAUUCACUCCAUGUGUCCGCCAGAAGAGAAGCUUCUGUGUCAAGCGAGAUGGACCGAGAGGAUCGAGCCAGCGAUGAUGAGAUGGUAACCCCAGAGAAUGAUGGAGCCCAGAUGGAUGCAGGCAUGGACAGCAGCUUGCUCCCUUACUGUUCUAAUAUACUUGGCUCAGCCGGUCAAAUCUUCAUGUGUCCCCUCUGCAACAAAGUCUUUCCUAGCCCACACAUUCUGCAGAUCCAUCUGAGCACGCACUUUCGAGAGCAGGAUGGCCUCCGCAGCAAGCCUGCCACUGAUGUAAAUGUUCCCACCUGCUCACUGUGUGGGAAGACUUUCUCGUGCAUGUACACCUUAAAACGACACGAGCGAACUCAUUCAGGUGAAAAGCCAUACACUUGCACUCAAUGUGGGAAGAGUUUCCAGUAUUCGCACAACCUGAGCCGUCACGCAGUUGUUCACACCCGGGAAAAGCCUCAUGCAUGCAAGUGGUGUGAGCGCAGGUUCACGCAGUCGGGUGAUCUGUACAGACACAUUCGAAAAUUUCACUGUGAGCUGAUAAACACACUCUCUGUUAAAACGGAAUCACUUAACUUGCCUGCGAUGCGUGACUGGACCAUAGAAGAGAGCUCGCAAGAACUCUGGAAAUAAAGUCUACCUGUCGAGCAGUCUGAAAAAUCAAGUUUCUGGUAAUCUCUUCUACAGCCUUUUGGGUACUGAAUUCUCUCCAUACAAUAAUAGCCGUAAAUACUGUUUGUCAGAACACAAUCUACAAAGUGAGAUUGUGAAUCAUAUUGCAACAUAAGGUAAAUAAGAAUUAACUAUUAAACUCAACACUUAUUUAAUAAAUACUCUAAUUUUCUUUUCAAAUGCACUCCUGCAGUUGUUGAGUGCACUGCAAAGGAUGCUGCUGUAUAGUACGUGAAGUUUCAUUGUUGAAAUUUUUAACAAUGAACCACUAAUUCAUUAAGGUUUUCAUUGAUAUGUGUUAAUAUUUUAAUGUUGCACAAUUUCUGGAUAUUUAAAACAUUUUUGUACAAUGCUGUAAACAAGAUAACUAUGAAUUUCUUUUCCAUAUGCCUAGGAAUAUGCAUUUGCAGAUGAAUGGUUCUUUACUCUGUUUAAUUUUAACCAGAAACUUGAUGUAAUUUAGAUUCUAAAUGUAUGGGAUUUUCAGGCAAAUUAAAACUGUAUGUUUGAAAUGUGAAUUAUAUUACUGUACAUCCUACUGCAUUGAAUGGAUUUAACAGACCUGAUGAAUUGCCCUUAUGCUCUUAGUCAGGUCUUCUGAAAGUAAAUAUUGAGGCUAUAGAACAUGCAUGAGUUUUAUCAGAUGUUUUUGGGGUUUUCCUUUUGCAAUUCUAUGAACUUGGCAAAGUGUGCAACUUAAGAUUUUAUUUAAUUGGUGAAAGGAAUAUUAUUUUCCUGGGAUGCAUUUUCUUUACUAAAUGCGAUAACACCGUGAAAAAUGUCACUGGUGUUCCGCAGCAAUUUAAUUUUUUUUUUAAAAGUGCACUGCUAUGCAGUCUCAACGUGUGAAGCAUCUUUCCCAAUUGCCUGUGUUCUCGUAUAUAUUACAGAAAGUGGUACAGCACAAAUUCCAGUUGAAGUUCCCUGCUUUUAUGUGAACAGAAUUGUUAAUGGUUAAUGGAAAUCAUUUGAUUACUUGGCCAUGAAGUUUUAGGGGAAAGGAAUCGUGAACCCACCUUUGAAGAAGGGGUUCAUUAUAUUGUGUAACCAAGCAGCUGAAGUUACUGCUUGGUAUGUGUGUGGUUUUAAUGAACAACACAUAUGGCAAGUGUUUUGCACAGUGUUUGUUUUCCUGUCUUGCACUCGCAAUAAGGUCUAUGGGAGUAGCACGGAAACGUGGCCGUUUUUCCCCCUUUUUUGUGGGUUUUAUGUUUUAUUUUUUACUUGACCGCCUUAACUACUGUAAACAUAGCUUAUUUUUGUGCAUAAAGGCAAUAUGAUUAUUAAUGGAAAACUAGAUUGUGUAUUGCUGAAUUGUCUUUUUUUAAAAAAUGGGUCAAAUGAGUUUUCCUUUUGGCUCUUGACAUUGUUUUAAAGCUGUGAAAUGGCCUCUAAGAUUCUGUAAUUAUGCUAGUUACUUGAAGAGUUUAAAUGUCUGACUAAAGUAUGUUGAACUGUAGAUUUAAAAAAAAAAUGUUUAGAUAAGACAAUCAGUGUCUUUAAAAUGAUCAGCUUCCUUGGUUUCCUACGUUAGUUUUCUUUGUCGUAUUUUGUGAGUAUGACUCUCAAUUGCUUUUCCUUACAGAUGACCUAUACUAGAUUUAUUUUUGUCAUUUUUCCUCAAUUUCGCCCCCCUGCAUUUUACCUUUUUUACCUGGAUUUAGACUGAUGUUAGCCUUGACAAUCAUAGUCUGUUUAAUUUUCAGAACUGGGAGGGGAGGGAGGGGAGUAAAUUAUAAUGCUGUUUAGUUUUGUACCUUGAUGUGCCGUUGGUGGAAUUUUUAAAUUGUGUGCUAACUGCAAUAAAUUAUGUAAAUUGAAAA